AUGCCGAAUCCCAUCAAAGACCUCACCAGGGUUGACACCACAUCAUUUUCGUACAUAUACGAAGAGAAUGUUACCAUUCCCCUGAAGAAUGAUGCGGGUAUAAUUCGCUGCAAUGUCUACCGACCCAAGGACAUAAGCCAGAGUCCGGUCCUAGUGACAUACGGCCCCUACGGCAAAGAUAUUCAUUACAAGGAUUUUGCCCGCUGGUCCUACGACCAAGUGAAUCCCGAGCAUCAUUCCGCUCAUUCGGCGUGGGAAACCCCUGACCCCGGCUUCUGGACCCAGCAUGGUUACGCUGUUGUACGCGCUGAUGAACGCGGUCUGGGCCAGUCUCCUGGCCACUUGGAUACAAUGUCUCGCAGUACCAGUGAAGCAUUCGUGGAUGUCGUAGAGUGGGCAGCUGAGCAGCCCUGGUCAAGCGGAAAAGUUGGCCUCCUCGGUAUCAGUUAUUACGCUGGGAGUCAAUGGCGUGUUGCAGCCCGUCAGCCUAAAGGUUUAGCAUGCAUGAUUCCAUGGGAAGGAAUGUCCGAUUACUAUCGGGACAGAUGUCGCCAUGGCGGUAUCCUUUCUAAUGCCUUCAUCAAAUUCUGGUGGGAUCGCCAGGUGGUUUCUAACCAGUAUGGCAGACCCGAUCGGGCUGCACGAAACUGGGGGCCUGAUACUAUCGAGGGCGACCUGACUGAGGAGGAACUUCUUGCGAAUCGAAACGAUCAGACGAUUGAUAACGUUACUAACCGUUUCAGAGAUGAUCUAUAUUACGCAUCGAAGGAGUACAACAUGGAAGAUAUCAAAGUUCCCCUUCUCUCUGUUGCGAACUGGGGAGGCAUCCUGCUCCACUUAAGGGGAAAUAUUGUCGGCUAUAUGAAUGCCGGCUCCGACCUGAAAUAUCUUCGGUUCAUUACCGGGCGUCACGAUCUUCCAUUCUAUUACAAGGAGGAAGUUGAGAUUCAAAAGAGCUUCUUGGAUGCCUUCCUCAAGGGGCGUGACACUGUGGGCUGGUCAACCGGUAAAGCACCCAAAGUCGAUGUUCUCCUGCGUAAAGGGGAUGUAGGGUUCAAUGAUCCCUCAGCAGAGAGGCAAUUCCAGCGUCGUCUUGAAAAUGAGUGGCCACUAGCUCGCACUCAAUAUACCAAUUUUUACCUGGCUCCAGAUGGGUCUCUGCAUGACCAGAAACCAAAAUUGGGCCUGGAAAAGCUAGGAUACCGUGCGUUGGGAACCUUGGAUAAUCCUUCCUUAAUCCAAUUUGCUACUCCGGCGUUCGAGCAGGAGACUGAAGUCACCGGACAUAUUGUUGCUCAUCUGAACGUGUCGGUCACUCCCGACAAAGGAGGUCCUUUGCCUACCGAUCUAGAUCUUUUCUUGACCCUCCGGUAUAUCUCCCCCGCUGGCAAAGAGGUCCAUUAUACGGGUACUGCAGGUGAUCCCGUUCCCUUGACCAAAGGUUGGUUGCGGGUAAGCAUGCGGAAGGUCAAUGAGCAGCAUUCGCGACACCGUCAUUACCUUCCGUAUAGAGAUUAUUUCUCCACCGACGUUCUUCCUGUGAUGCCAGGCGAGGUUUACCCUGUGGACGUCGAAAUCUGGCCAACCAACGUAGUGGUCGAGAAGGGCGGGAAACUUAUUCUUGAGGUGGCAUCUGGAGAUACCCAGGGUUCCGGCAUUUUCCAGCAUAAUCACCCUGAAGAUCGAUCUGCGGAUAAAUUCCAAGGAACCAAUAACAUUCACUUCGGUCCCUCAUAUGACAACUAUGCAAAGCACAACGCCGGAAGACUAAACGUGACCAUGUCCGUUGGGAACAAUGGGAAAGAUAUCCGACCUCUCAGCCGGUUCAUAACCACCAACACUGACAGUGGCGAAGCCGUGUUCUCUUCCCAAUUAACCGAAGACAUGCCAAUCCAGAACGUCAAUGGCUUCGGGUUCAGUCUCGCGUACACUACCAACCGUUUCCCGGCAACCUUGGAGAGUGCUACCGAUAUCUCCACGUACGAACGGUACCUCGCGGACCCUCCUGGAUUGGUUGUCUCCACUGGCACAGUCUGCCGCAUAGUUGACCUUCCCCCUGAAUCCGAAAGUCCUAUGCACCGAACUGUUUCCUUGGACUAUGGCGUUGUUCUUGAGGGCGAGGUCGAACUUGUCCUGGAUAGUGGCGAGAAGCGACUGAUGCAAAGGGGUGAUGUCGCCAUCCAGCGGGCAACCUCGCACGCCUGGAAAAAUGUUACUCCCAGUGCGGGAUGGGCUAGAAUGCUCUAUGUUCUGACACCAUGCGAGCGCGUCGGAGCAUUGGGGGAAAAGACUGAUGGGAUCGAUGUCAAGAAGAGUGACUAA